CCGCCUCUCGACGCCCCGUGAGCUCUGCGGCGUCCCGUAGUGGCAGCGUAGGGUGCUGGCGAGAUGGCGGCGCAGAAGAUCAACGAGGCCCUCGAGCACAUCGCUAAAGCGGAGAAAUAUCUGAAAACUGGAUUCUUAAAGUGGAAACCAGAUUAUGACAGUGCAGCUACUGAAUAUGGGAAGGCAGCUGUUGCUUUUAAGAAUGCCAAGCAGUUUGACCAGGCAAGGGAAGCCUGCUUGCGGGAAGCUGAGGCACAUGAAAACAAUAAAGCUCUCUUCCAUGCUGCCAAAGCUUAUGAACAAGCUGGCAUGAUGCUAAAGGAGAUGCAGAGACUUCCUGAAGCAGUUCAGCUGAUUGAGAAAGCCAGUAUGAUGUACCUGGAGAACGGGACACCAGAUACAGCGGCAAUUGCACUGGAACGGGCUGGAAAGUUAAUAGAAAAUGUGAGCCCAGAGAAGGCUGUGCAGCUCUAUCAGCAGGCAGCAUCAGUGUUUGAAAAUGAAGAACGCUUACGACAAGCAUUAGAAAUGCUAGGGAAGGCAUCAAGACUUCUAGUCAGAGGACGCAGAUUAGAUGAAGCUGCAUUGUCUCUUCAAAAGGAAAAAAGUAUUUAUAAAGAAAUUGAAAAUUACCCAACAUGCUAUAAGAAAACUAUUGCUCAAGUCUUAGUUCAUCUGCACAGAAAUGAUUAUGUCGCCGCAGAAAGAUGUGUGAGGGAAAGCUAUAGUAUACCAGGAUUUAAUGGAAGUGAAGACUGUGCAGCACUAGAGCAACUUUUAGAAGGUUAUGACCAGCAAGAUCAGGAUCAAGUUUCUGAAGUCUGUAACUUGCCACUCUUCAAAUACAUGGACAAUGAUUAUGCCAAGCUUGGUCUUACCUUGGUGGUCCCAGGAGGUGGAAUCAAGAAGAAAUCGCCAAAUGCUGCACAAGACAAAGCAAGAGGACCAGCUGCAGUGGGCUCUCAUGCUGACGAGGAAGAGGAUGAAUAUUCUGGUGGACUAUGUUAGCUACUGCAUAGGCAGUCUUAAAUAUCUGACUUAUUUGUGAUGUUGAGAAUAUCCAAAGGCACCAGAUUUAUCAGAGCUUCAUUGCAAUUGUGGUAUGGGAAUGCUGAUAUUAACUUGGCAGCUUCUGGGUGCAAUGCAGGAGAAAAAGCAUGAUUGUACCUAUCAUCUUGAAACAUCUUUGGACUUCAUGUCUUACCUGGUAGCUUCUUCAGGGCUCUGUCUGCAGUUGAUGGGAAAAAUUUGAGAUAAAUUUUUACUGAAAGCACAGUUUAAAAGAAACCAAAACCGUAGAAGCACUGGAAUAUGGAGAGUGGUACAAAUUUUUAAAUCCUGGAUUUCAACAGCUGACAAAAUUUUGUCCUAGUAAUAUGUUUGUGAUUGUUUUCUGAGUUAAACAUACAAUCAUUCAUCUGGCUAUUUCUCUCCUGUUUAACACCAUUAAAAGCAGCCUGUGCCAUGCAGGAUUUUUCACUAGUAUAAACACUAGGGGGAGCAUUCAGUUUAUUUUCAACAUGUUUUUUACCCACUGCAGAAUAUUAUUUUACUACCUUAUUUUUUAUGAGCACUAUCCACAUGGAUGUGGAAAAUACUAAGUGAACUGAUUUGAAGCCUAAAAAUACACAUCUUUCAUGUUAAGAGCUUUAUUGACCUCGAAAUCAAUGUGUGUGUAGUGUAUGUCAUGUCCAACUUAGGAAUGGAAAGAGUGGACAACCUUUCUUAGUGGUUUUUGGGAAGCAUGCUAUAACCAAAAAAGAAACUGAAGAUAGUAGAUAAUGUACAUUGAAUAUAAAGCUCUGAAGACACUGUUUAACAAAAACUUAGUGGAGUGUUUCAAUGAUAUGUUUGAGUUCAAGAGUGUCCAAAGUGUUUGUUUACUAAUCAAUACACUUAUAUUAUGAAGACA